ACGCAUUUUCCGCGCAAAUCAGUUGUCGGUGGGUUCUGGCGGGAAUAUCUCGGUCGGAGUGGGUGUGAAACACAGUCUCUGAAAACCUCGUGACUUCGUCUGCGAUCUUCGUCAACCAGGUGGCACUUGUACCGUGCAUGACAUGGCAACUUCUUUAACCAGUGUGGGCCUUGUUUGGGCCAUCGUAUCGUUAAUAGCUUCACUUCUGUGCUGUUCAGGAUUCUACCUACCCUUUUGGUUGCAGGGUCGUCUGCUGGGGAAAGUGGAUGCUUACUUUUCGUCCUUCAGAAGAUGCAAUUACCCGAGAGUCACGCAACAGGGCGUUGUUGAGAUAGUCCACGAGUGCGGCCGAUACUCCAGAUUCCGCGACAUUCCAUCAGUGUGGUGGCAGGCGAGCACAGUGCUGGUGGGAGCUGGCAGUGCAUUGAGCCUGCUGGUGGCAGUAACUGCCCUGGCUGCCUGCUGCAUCAGCUAUGUCGUACACACUGCCACUGCGCGCGCUGCCGGAUGCAUUCAGCUGCUGGCUGCUUUCCUUGUGAGCGGUGGAGUGGCAGUUUAUCCGGUUGGCUGGGACAAUAGGGAAGUUAGGGACUGCUGCGGUAAUGCGUCGCACAUCUACAAACUUGGUAGCUGUCAAUUGUCGUGGUCGGUAUACAUCCUGGGCCUGGCCGUGGUUCUGCUUGCGCUCUGUUUCACAAUGAGUUUCUGCGCAUCGCGGGUCGUUCCCGGCUCGUUCCGCAUCUGAGUGUACAGCGCCGGAAUGCUCCGGCCCGAUUAGCCCGUGUCGCACCUCUAAAGUCACGUGACCCGCUCACUUCAUCACGUGACUUUAUGUUCUCGCUAUUGGACUACUCAGCGCGAACUCAAUUGUGGCCUAAAUUCUGUGCGACGACCAACAUUGGGGAUUUUUUGUCGCAAUUGUAAGAUUUCAGGCACUUCUUGAAAGGUGGAAAAUGUCAGUUGGUGAUGAAUAGUUCACUAGAAACCUGAAAAAACAGUAUUAAAAGAGGAAUGUGUGAUUAAAAUUGUACAGGGAGUUGACGUUUUAAAGACUGUCGGUUGUACAAUAAUAGUGUAAACAUAUACUGCACUUAUUUGGGCUACUUUUGUUCAAAUUAAUAAAAAUUGUAGUACCCUUUAUUGAUAAAACUUCAAAAUAUUCUAACGACUAGUUUCGACCAUAGGUCAUUAUCAAGUUAAAAUGUAAAAGAUGUAAGAUAAUGAUUAAUAAUAGAUAAAAGAUGAAUAGAUAGAUAGAUUAUGAUAUUUUCUUAUGAAAAUAAGCAUAUGUUCAUAAAUUAUCUAGUAUCAACUUGUUUAUUUUUUACAUUUUAACUAGAAAAUGACCUAUGGUCGAAACUAGUCGUUAAAAUAUUUGAAAGUUUUUUUAAUAAACGGUACUACAAGUUUUUAUUUAUUUUUUUAUCAAUAGUAGUGUAGUACAAGAGUGUGAGUGUGUUGUUAGGAUAAAUGGUAUGGAGGGAGGUGUGGAAAUAGGCAAUAGAGGGGAAAGCGGAAAAACAAUUUGCAAUGGAAAAAUAUAGUUUUUUAUGAGGAAUAUUAUCACAAUGAACUUAUUACUGUAAAACUUGCCAAAUCAUAGAAUUCAAUUGUCAAACCUUUUUUAUCAGCUUCAAUUUUUCAGGUCAAGAAGAAUGAUCCUCGAAAGUUUAAUAGAUUGCAAUCAAGAAUUAAUUUGAUUCAAUGGAUUCUGAAUAUUAUUGUGGAUGGAUUAAAUGCAUCCACUUAUAAUACAUUAUUUCAAACCUCAUACAAUCCCGACUUUUCAAUAUAACUGAUCUGUUUUUGAUCAUUGUCACAGUUUUUUAUUAUUGUCAUGUCUCUUUCAUAAUAGUUGUCAUGUUGGGAGCAUAUUUUCAAACACACCUAUACCCUUUUUAUCACUGAUUACUCACGGAUCUCAGAAUAUAGAAUAUUGUUAUUUCAUCCGUGUGUAUCACUGAAAUACUUUAUGCCAAAUUGAGCGUCAGAGUGUCAAAACUAGAUACCAUUGUAUACUUGAUAAAGAUAGAGAUAUUAAGAUUUCUGUCUCAUCAAUAACCAUUGCUUAUAUAUAAAGAAGAAUGAUGAUGGUAUUUUUCUUCCUGAGUCGAAGCUGUCAAUAUUGUUUUGUUAAAUGGAAAACUAAGAAUUGAAUAAUAUAUUUCGAUGUGAAUGACAAUAAAUCAUGUUGUGGUUUUGUUCAACUGUUUGAAAGAGCAGUUGGAUUGGAGAUAGCUAAUUUUUAUGUAAAUAUAGAGAGUCUAUCAUUUUCAUAACUAUUAUUAUGUAAAUAAUUAUUGUUUCUGUGAAUAUGAAGCCAAAUCAUAAUCUAUUGUUACAUGAUUUGAGAUGGAUGUGACAAUUUAAAUAUUUCCUAUAUGAGUAGAGUAUCCGAUUACAGCUAUUAAAAUGAAAUGGUAUUUUGAACACCAUGAAUUCAAGAGAGGCUUGUCUUGUAAACGGGACAAGCACUACUUCUAAUUCUGCCAUAUAGUGCUGCCCUAUAGUGUCUGUAUUUUUAUAUAUUCUUGUUAAACGGUUUUGUUUUAUUGUUUUUGAAGAACCAAUAAAGAAUUUUGAAUCGCGUUGUAUUGAAUUAUAGUGACCUGUAAUUGAAUAAAAGGAGUUAUUUAACACAUCCCUGAAAAUUAUAAUGAAUGUUAUUUAUUUGUACGUAGAAGUUUUUGAAUGUUGCAUUACGUGUAAUCAAUAUUUUUUUUAGUCUAGUCACUAUAAUUAUACAUUGGUGCUUGCAAUAAUACUGUAUAAUAAAUAAUAGUAAAUUGUAAUUCUGGUUCAUUAAUAUAUUUGGAUACCUGAGAACAGUCCAGAACAAAUUUAUUCCUGCAAGAUUUCCUUGUACUAGGUAAGUGAUAUAAUAAGAGUAGAAUAAUCUGUAGUAUGAAGAGAUACGAUCAUUGUGUCAGAAGUUAUGAGUGUUUGAAAUUUUGAUCCUUGAUGUAUCAUUGUGCGGAAUCUCAUUGAAGAAAAUGGAGUUAGUGAUGAUGGUCGAAACCAGAAAUUAGGUGUUUUUCAAAAUACACGGAGCAUUGUUAUCAGGUGUACCUAAAAAUCUAUAUGAGAUAAAGUGCUUCAUUUGGUAUCAGGUUGUAGAGUACAGAAUUAUUAUGCCCUGAGGAAUUUCGAAUUCUACAUGAAAAUGGUGACAAUCGGAAGAUAAUGUUGAUCAGAAACUGAAUUCAUGAAAAUUGAUUUUUUGUCCAAAUUCUACUCAUUCAUGAAAAAUUCCAACUCAGUAGACUACUCAUUGAAGAUAGAAAUCUCCAAAUGAUUUAGUUCUAUUUGAAAAUUUAUAAUAAAAAAAGGAAGAGAGCGUAUUUUUUUGUUCGAUUGGUGGAUUGGCCAGAAAUAGUAAAGAACUGGAAAAUAAACAGAAAAUUCAAGGCCUUUGAGGCAUUCUGUAUUCAGCACAAGGAAAUUUUGCUUAAACAAACUGGUUCUUGACCUCUCUUUACGUAACCAAACAAUAGAUUUGAAAAAAUCAUAACUACAAUAUAUUGCGGGUGUGCUUGCUCUUUUUCAUGUCUAUGGACUGAUUCUUUGAAUUAUUAUAUAUUUCAUAAAAAUAUACUUAUUCAAUUUACUACAAUAAUUAUUGUAAUUUGGCUUAUAUACUAGUAUAAUCAUGCUUGUUGAAAAAUUUAUUUUUUCAGAAGCGAAAAUAUAUUUUCAACAGGAGCUUCAAUAAUUUCAUCAUUCCCAUUAUAAUUUGAUGACUUUAUCAUGUAGGUUUUGAUUGUUAAUUCUAUUAUCUUACGGAUAUCUCUGAUGUAGUUUGAUUGUAACCAAUAAAGCUAUUUUCCAACCGAAACUAUACUCCUUCCAUAAAAAACCUGGAGAUGAGUUAUUCCAGUGUUUUUUUAAUAAUAAAAAUUCGAAAAUUAUAAUAACUUUAAAUAUUCUCAUGACAGAACAUGAAAAAAAUAACCUAUUGUUGAACAGAUGUAGUGAACUUUCAUUGAGUAAUAUAUAGAAUAUUGUUCAAUCAAUAUUGUGUACAUAUUGGGAUUCAAUCUCUUUCACUGUGGAAAUAUCUCUGAUUAAUGUUUUUAUUUUAAAUUGAAAUUUGUAUUUUUAGUAGCCUAUUUUAAACUGAUAUAUUUCUGCUCUGAUGAUAUUUGAUUUCUUUUCCUCAAGGUAUAACAAUAUUGAUAAGAUCAAAAUAAUGUAGGAAUACGCUUCAUAUUAUACCUGUUCACUACCUGAUCUACUAUACUUUAUCGAUCAAAAAUCGAAUGACAUCAAUGUUCAUUGUUUUAAAUAAGAGUAUUGUUGUUUUUAUGUUUUCUGUUUCUGGUCGAAGAGUAAGGUUUUUUAAUAAUAAAAAUGAUUAUUU